UUCCUGGCUGGUUCCUGCCAUAUCGUUAUCUGUCGUUCGCAGUCAUUCGUCGCGUUAAUCGUCGACGUGCCCGGAGCGGAACUCGGUGAAUCAGCUAGAGUGCACCCUCGAGUUCCGAGUCGGUGAAAUCGAUCGUCGCGGAAAUAAAUCGCGCGCGCGAUGGACGGCAUUGUCACGUCCCCAUAAAUCCGCACUGUAAUCAUCGAGUAUCAAAACACCCGUGAGGGAAGUCGCGCUUAUUCGCGGGGUGAUGCACUUGUCAUUCUUGUGAGGCAUCGCUUCCAGGGUCGAGAGGCGACAUUUCGCGCGUGCCAUCGUUCGAACAUGCCUUCGCUGUUCUCGCAACUGCGUUACGAACGGAAACCGACUGGUCCGAAUCCGGAGUCCACGCACUUCCAAAGACUUCAGCUUCAUAGAUAAUAUACGAGACUGUGACACUAUAUCUGUCAGAUAUAAGCUGAUAUGACUGAUAUUAGCCAGAUAUAAGCUAAAAAACGACACAUGUUAUCUCUUUGUGCUUAUUAAUUAGUUUCAUUAUUUUGUGCUCGUUAUAUCCUUUCCGUGAGUUUAUUAUGCUAUCAUCAUGACCACUAUACCACUGACUGAUAAGCAGCUUCAUCAAUUGAGUAUUAGCAUUGGGAAGGCUGUAAAUGCAACAGAAACUCCUGUAAAGGAGAAACAUGUACGAAGUGCUAUUAUCGGUACAUAUCGAGAAAAGAGUGGAUCCAUUUUUUGGACGUACAUGUUGAGACAGCCGUUACAAGAGAAUCAAAUUGUUGCAUGGAAAUUUUGCCACGUCCUGCACAAAGUGUUGCGUGAGGGGCAUCAUAGAGUUAUCGUCGAUUCUCAGCGAUAUCGUGGUAAAUUGGAAGACAUCGGGAAGCUUUGGCAACAUCUUCGAGAGGGCUAUGGCCGCCUCAUACAGCUGUACACAAGACUAUUAAUAACUAAGUUAGAUUAUCACAAGCGAAAUCCGCGCUUACCUGGAAACUUGAUGGUAACGCCAGAAGAGCUAGAGGCCAUUGGAGAAAAUGAUAUCAACAUAUACUUCCAGAUGUCUGUUGAAAUGUUUGAUUACAUGGAUGACAUAUUGAAUUUGCAACAUGCAGUUUUUGGUUCUUUGGACUUGUCACGAUCCAAUUCGAUGACACCGUGUGGGCAGUGUCGACUUGCACCUUUGAUCCCAUGCAUACAGGACGCUUCGCAACUGUACGAUUGUUCCGUGAAGAUUUUGUUUAAACUACAUGGCGCGCUUCCCGCGGACACGUUAACCGGACAUCGUGACAGAUUCUCGAAGCAGUUCCACGAGUUGAAGAGCUUCUAUAAUACUAUCAAGCAUAUGCAGUACUUUAAGCAUUUGAUAGCAAUACCUUCAUUGCCCGAGAAUCCACCUAACUUUUUAAUACAAUCUGAAUUGAGGACGUACGUCACGCCAAUGGUGGUGCUUCCACCCGAGGCGUCCAUAGAUGCCGAGACUGCCAUAGAGAACCUUAUUGACACGUCUGACACGGGAUCACUAACGGGCGACCAAUUAGAUUCUACGAAUACACGAAACGGCUCGAUAUCACCUGACGCUCUUGUAGAAAGAGACAGUCUCAUUGAUCACCUUUACCAAGAAAAUAAUCGUCAAAGGCAGGAAUUUAAUCGUCUGCUGAUGGAACAUCAACAAAUAGUAGCAGAGUUUAGAAAUCGCGUUCUAGAGGUGGAAUCAACUCUUUCUACUAAAAGCAACGAAAUCGUGACAGAGAAACAACUUUGCCAGAAAUUGAUGAAGGAAAAUACAACUAUAGCGGGAAUAAUUCAAGAAGUAGAAGGAAAAAAUGAAGUCUUGGAGGAGAAGUUUAAAAAGCUCAAGGACGUUUACUCGAAACUGAGAGAAGAACAUAUCAGUCUAAUCCGAAAGAAAGCUGAUCUAGACAAAGAACUGGGAGGAUUGAAGAUAUCGCGAGAACAGUCGGAGCGUCGCACGUUGAAAGCUGAGGAACGAUUGCAAGAAUUGCUACAGGGACAGGCAUCGGUAGAAGAAGAAACAGAGAGAGUAACGCAAGCGCGAAAAGAUUUAGAGGAUGUAAGGAGGAAGCUUGAUGCUGUCCAAACCGAAAAUUUGGCGUUACUAGCGAAAAUAGAUUUUAUUACGUCUGAAAAAACUGCUUUGGAAGGAGACCUUCAUGACUUGUUGGUGCAGAAGGAGGAGCUGGAUUUACGAAUAGUGAAUUUGGAGAUCGACGCCGAACGGUCCCACAAUCAGAUAAAGACAGACGCUAACACGGCUUUGUUCGAUUUAGUGCUGAACGCUGUAUCGGAAGCCGAAUCUAUUUUACACCAUGCGAUGCACGCGAUUGAUAAUCCAGCGAUAUCAGCGCUAACUUGUACACCCGAUUAUCUCGGGAGUUUAUUGGAACCGACAGAAAAAUCGUUAAGUGAUCUAGAGGAGGCGUACAGUAAUUAUAUAUCUGAUACAACGAAAGGGAAAACACUAAUUCGCACUGCUGUGCACGGUGCAUAUUUUCUUGCUCUCUAUUUGAUAUAUGCAAAAUCUACUUCGAAUACCUCGACGGAUAUUGGUCUAGCCGACAGAUUUGCCGAUGAAUGUAAACAACUAGGCUCGCAAGGUUUAAUUAUGUUAAGUUAUAUCAAAGAAAAGUCGUCAAUGACCGUGGUACAAAUUGCGAAUGUCAAAAGUCAGUUGCAAAAGAUUUCGUCUCUUGUAAAUACAUUGUCGACUACGCAGAACAAUGUGGAAAUUAUUGGAAGUUUAGUAGAAAAUGAGUUACAGAGUAUGGAUAAAGCUAUAGAGGAAGCGGUUGCACGAAUACAGGAUAUGUUAGAUAAGUCUCGCGCAGCAGAUUCAGGUUUGAAACUGAAAGUGAACGAACAGAUCUUGGAUUCCUGCACGGAACUGAUGAAAUAUAUAAGACAGUUAGUGCAAAAGUCUCGCUUGCUGCAGAAAGAAAUUGUCGAACAAGGAAGGGGAACUGCUUCGGCUACGGAGUUUUACAAACGCAAUCAUCAGUGGUCCGAAGGCCUUAUUUCGGCAGCGAAAGCGAUUGCUAUGGGUGCGAACUUUUUGUUGGAAGCAGCUGAUAAAGUUGUAGCGGGCAACGGUAAAUUUGAGCAAUUAGUCGUCGCCUCGCAAGGAAUUGCCGCGUCUACCGCGCAAUUAGUGGUUGCCAGUAGGGUCAAGGCUGAAAGAAACAGCACUAAUUUGACUGAACUCUCGAGAGCUUCGAGAGAAGUGACCCAAGCGACGGCAAACGUUGUAGCAACUGCUAAGAGUUGCAACCAUCUUGUCGAGGAAAAUGAAGAUCUAGAUAUGUCUAACUUGAGCUUGCAUCAAGCUAAGCGACUGGAGAUGGAGGCGCAAGUGCGAAUCUUAGAAUUGGAGCAGGCUUUAGAAACUGAAAGAUUACGUCUAGCUGCUCUUCGACGUUAUCAUUAUCAGCUUGAUGGUGAGAACGAAGCAUAAGUGAGCAUGGAUCGGAGUUUAGAGUAAGGAUAUCCAACAAUCAUCCAGAAAUUGUAGAUAAAAGGAAUUAUAGCAGUUGUGUAAAUUAGUUGACUAACUUGUCACAUAGAACAUUGAUUCUUCGUUAUUAGAAGUAAAAUUUCUCCUUCGUUUAUUCUUUCAGCAUUUAUAUAUGUAUGUAUUAUGCAUGUCAUGUUGGAAUAUGACGAGAUUUUUCUGUCGUGAAAAUCAAAUGUACUUUAUCCAAUAAUGCUCGAAUAUCUUGUUUACCAGUUAUACAUCAAAACUAAUUUAUAUGUGUAUGGCAUAUUUUUAAUUUGUGUUUAAUGUACAUAGAAUUUUCUUAUUAAAUCUUUAUUAGAUUCUUUCAUGUCGAGCACUGGUGAGAUAAAGCACAUUCUGCAGGAAAUUAAAACGAGCAAUGAAACUCAAAAUGUCCAAGACGAAUUUUUUCACAUUUGGAGCAAUUUUAUAAGAGAAUCGCGGUGUUUCUUAAACGAGUAACAUAUAAAGAAGAUUAUAUGUUAAGUGAUCAAUACCUGAAACUUCGAAUUCUAUAGAUUACUAACUUUUUAGGUAUAGAAUAUUUACGUUUUCAAGUAAAUGGUUUCUAUAUGUGUAGUCAUUAAUUUAGACUAAAACACAAAAUUUACUUGUGUCUUUUUUUUCAACAUAAGUUUAAAACUUAUUGGAAUAUAUGGGAGGUCCGGCAACUACAGAAAGCUUAACAUAUAAAAUUCCUAACAGUCUUACCAAAGUUAUUUUAUAAACAGUUUUCUCAAUAAACUCAAUCAACAAUUA